UCAUAACUCUUGAACCCCUAAAUCGUGACUUCUCCCUCAAGGAAACUUUUUAAUGGUGUUUUGCUAUUAAAAAAGAGGAAAAUUGAUGAAAAUUUGGUGUGGUUUUCUUGUAGGAUAUUAGUUUGUGUGUUGGACGCAAUAUGGGUUUGUCUUUUAUUCUUGCACUCAAUGUACAACAGGAGAGAAUGACGAGGAUGAGAAGAAAAAGAAGAAGACGACAUCACAGAGAGAUUCAUGUGGAUGUCGAGGAUUUAAAAACUUGGGUCGCACCAGAGAUUCCUCUGGAUCUCCUGAUCGAGAUUCUGACGAGAUUGCCUGCGAAAUCUGUGUUGAGAUUCAAGUGUGUCUCAAACUUUUGGUCAUCUCUUUUCUCCUCGAGAUAUUUUCGCAAUCGUUUCCUUAUGGUCUCAUCUCAACGUCAUUCUCGUCUUUACAUGUCUUUUAUGGACCUUUACAACGAUUCUAAGUCUAUGCUUCUAUCAUCCGCUCCAAUAAGCAGCACAUUUCCAUCCUCCUUAGUAUUCGACCAAGAUCUUACCAUCCGCAAGAUGGGAGGGUUCAUAUUGCGCGUUCUCCGUGGCUUCAUCUGCUUCACAGUUGACUCUAAGCCGCAUAUCUAUAACCCCACCACCAGACAACUUGUAAUCUUACCUGCCAUGGAAGAAUCUGUUAUCAUAGCUGAAGAAGAAGAAGAUAAUUAUGAAAUAUUCUUCUUUAUGGGCCACGACCAUGUUAAAGAUCAGCUCAAACUACUUUGCACAAUUACGACAAUGUCAAACGAUAUGCAAAAGAUAGAAUCAGAGCUUUGGGUCUUUGUACUAGAAGCUGGCGGUUCGUGGAAAAGGGUUGCAAAGGAGUUUCCUCCUCAUCUUCCUAGUCCAUAUGAACUGAAUAUGAAUGGAGUUUUAUAUUACUUGGCUUGGACUGAUAUGCAUACUUGUGUGCUUGUGAGUUUCGACUUCAGGUCGGAAGAAUUCAAUAUGAUUCAAGUACCUCGCAAGGCCGGUGAUAAGAUCCUACCUAGACUUAAGAAGUGGUUGACUCAAAUAGAUUAUGCUGGAAAAGUAGCUGUGUUUGACAUGACUUAUCUCAAAGUGAGGGGUACGGUGGAUCUAUGGGUAGUGCAAGAUUGGAGGAAUAAGGAAUGGUUGAGGAAGACUCUGGUUUUGCAGCCUUCUCAGCUUCAUCCAAUCUUUGACAAUCAUAGAUUACUAGCAAAAGGAACUCUAAAAGGCAAGGUUAUCUUGGUACCGCGAUAUUUGGUUUCUCCCUUUUACUUUCUUUGUUACGAUCUGCAACUCAAUGAUUUGAAAAAGGUUGAAAUCAAAGGAAUACCUGAUCGCUGGUUUAGUAAGCCUAACACGGACAUAUAUUGUGACAUUGAGUUUAUGAAUCCGAGUGAGAGCAUCGAGUACCUUGAAACUUGAAAUCGUUUCUACUUCUUGUAUCAUUCAAAGUAUUCUCGUUUCUACUCUUUUUGUUGGUUUAGGGAAUACUAUUAUCGUUUUUUUUUUUUUAUAAUUUAAACUUAUUCAGCUCAGGUGUUUCUUGUUUGGUCUUUUGUGGUUAUUAUUGGCUAGAGAUUGGUUUUUCGUAGUUAUUACUGGCAGAGAAUAUGUACACACCAAUAUUGAAUCAUUUUGCAGCUAUGAUCUGAAUCAAGUAUUAGAGUGACCGUUGAUGGGA